AUUGUUGAUAACAUAAAACUGCUUGUAAAGAUAUUGUGUUAAGUAAUAAGUUUACAUAGAAUGUGAUCCCAAAUCGCAAUUCUAAGUUGUCACUGUUCUCAGUUAUCCAAAAUUUGUUUACAAAAAAGGAAAGGUCGGUCAUAAAUAAUAUCUUACUUUUGUACCUUGGGUACAAUUCAUGGGUAAAAUAAGUAAGUUUUUGGUGCAGUCUAUUCAUAGUCUAAUCAUUUUUAUAAUUAUUAAUAAGAUAUAUUUGUUUUUCCAGCCUAGGACAUGUCCUUGUCUAAAGACAAACGUCACAACUACGAUCGUGAUUCAAGUAGUGACACAGAAGAUUAUCAUGGUACCGAGGAUCAUAGACGACGGGUAUUCAAAACACGACUAAGGUAAAUAUCAAACUUAAAUAGUAAAAACUAGUCAUAAGCUAUUGUUUAGUAUUAAUCUGAGGGUAAAUUUUUAUGACAAUAAAUUAAAAUUGUAUUUAAAACAAUUAUUUGUCAAAUAAUAAAAUAUUACAUUAUGCUAUCAUAUUAUUUUCUUUAGGCAGUAUUAUAUGGGUAUGUUAGUUUUGUAAUGUUACAUACUUUUUUUACAGUUAUGGAAAUUCUCAAAAACCUAAAUCAUGUUUGGUACAACGACAUUCAACUGUUAAUCAAUUACCUUUAACGCCAAUCAACAAACAACAAACAACUUCUGUGAGAAAUAGGUACAUUUGAGUACAUUAAACUAUGGUGUAAACAAAUUAUUAAUAUAAUAUAUAGGAUAAUAAAUUAUUUUAUAAUUAUAGUUAAACAUAAUUAGAUACUAGAAUUUUUAAUUUUUAGUUUAAAAUAUGGGUUUUCAGGUGUAAAUAUUUUAAUAGUAUAAAAAAAAGAAAAAUCUGAAGAACUUGAUCUGAAAGUUAAAAGGAAAAUUUCAUUUUUAAAAUAUAAUAUUUCUUAAAAUGUGUUUAAGCAUUAAAAAUGCAUACUUAAUCUAUUGAUAUAAUCAAAACUUCCUGUCAUAUAUCAUACUUGUAGAGUUUUGGAACAUAAACCUUAUAAACUAGAAUUUUUCGGAACUAAUUCAAAAUGUGUUUGACAAAUAGCUAAAAUUGAAAAUUGAUAUUUUUGAUAUAUUUGACAAGUUUUUUUCUGGUUUAGUUUUAAAGACAUUAAAAGUUGCCCUAAUUAUUAUCACAAUAAAAAUCUAUGUAUAGUAUUGAUAUAAAUAAGUACUCAUCUUAGAUACAAAAAAAAUCACAAUAAAUCUAAAUUAUAAACUGAAACCGUUAUAUACAUAUAACAUACAGUUAUGGGACCAUAAAAAAUGUUGGUUAUAAAUAGGAGGUUGCAUUGCAAAGAAAAAAUUAAAAUGUACAACACUAUAAUAGCGAAGCGAUAGGGAAUAAACUGAAAAUAACUGAAUAGUCUUUACGUUUUUAUGUAUAUUUCCGUCCUUGCAAUUAACUUUAUCCUUAUUAUCAAACAUGUAAUCAGUCUUAGUCGGUAUUCAAAAUAGACUGGUGACACUGUUGUGCGGUGUAAUAUAUAUUUGAUUUUGAACUACAAUAGUUGUCCGUUAUAGACAGGUCGAAAUAAAUUUGAAUACCUAUCAUUUUGCUAGGACCUUAUUAUUUUGUCAGUUAAGAAAAGUGUCUGUUAAGACAGUUUUCACUGUACAUACUAUCAUAGGGAAGAUUGUGUUGAGAGCCAUUUGGUGAAGUUAAGCUGGUCACUUACAUUUUCAAAAUAAACCAAUCAAAAUCUAAAAUUUAAUUUAAUACAUUUAAUAACUGACUAGAUAGCUGAUUUUUUAAAAAAUAAAUCUUAAUUUAAACUAUUAUUAAAAUUUGGUUUUUUUUUCUAUUUUAAUAUAAUUUAUUUAUUAAAUUGUUUGAUUAAAUUUGAUAAUUUUUUAUCAUAUGUAAAUUUAAUUUAAUAUAUAUUGUACCGAUGAUGUUUAUAUUGUGCUAUAUGAUAGGUAAAUAAAUAAAUAAAUUGUUAAAGGUUUGAUUUUUAUAUGCUUAACAGAAAAGCUAUGCCCAGAUUUUCUUGCUCAAUGAAAAGUCUGAUGAAUCAAAACGCAACUACUUCAGGUUCAUCUUAUCCGAGCCCUUCGGGUUCAGCUCAUUCAACUAAUUCUAGAAAUAAUAUUGUUAACAAAGAAGAUAGAGUAACUCUUCUUGUAGACAAUACUAGAUUUAUUGUUGAUCCUGCUAUAUUUAUUGCCCAUUCAAAUACUAUGCUUGGAAGGUAUUGAAUAAAUUGUAUAAUAUGGUGAUAAGAGUACAAAUAUUAUUUCUUAAAUACUUUUUUUUGUAUAGAAUGUUUAGUUCUAAUGAAUAUACAAAUAAAAAUGAACGCGGAGAAUAUGUAGUAGCAGAAGGGGUAUCAGCAAAUGUUUUCAGGUGCAUUUUGGAGUAUUAUAAGGGAAAUGUAAUGCGCUGUCCAUCUUCAAUUUCAGUACAAGAACUGCGAGAAGCUUGUGAUUAUUUAUUAGUACCAUUUGAUGCUAAAACUGUCAAAUGUCAGAAUUUAAGUGAGUCACUUUUAUAUAUUAUGUAAAAUUCAUUGAAAAUAAUUGUAUAUUUGUUCUAAUAUUAUUUUAAAUGUUAGGAGGAUUAUUGCAUGAGUUAUCAAAUGAAGGAGCACGAUGUCAGUUUGAAGUAUUUUUAGAAGAUCUUAUACUACCUCUAAUGGUUAUUUCUGCUCAACGAGGAGAUCGUGAAUGUCAUGUAGUAGUCUUAUUAGAUGAUGAUUCUGUAGACUGGGAUGAAGAAUAUCCUCCUCAAAUGGGAGAAGAAUAUUCACAAAGUAAAGUAUACACCAAUAAAUUAUUUAAAAUUCAUAUUAUGAAAACUUAAGUUUAAUAUUAUGUAAUAUGUAAACCCUAGAUUACACACAUUAAAAAUAUUUACGAGAUUCACUGUUUUUGACCAUGUAUUGAAAUAUUUCAAUUAAAACUCGAUAAAUUGAAAUAAUCAUUAUUUUUAUUGCUCUUAAAUAAAUAUAAAUUGUCAAAUACUUAUAUUGAUAAUAUAAACAAAUGAAACUUUCAUUUAAAUGUUAUAGUAACAUUAUAUUAAUAAUAAUACAAAAUAGUGUAAUAUACGCUUGACAUUUUAUUCAUACAUGUAUUAUAGUUACACACAGUAUGACGAACUAGUGUUAACUAACAACAAUCUCGCCUAUCACAAUGUAAAUAAAAUUAUCAUUGAUACACAUUUAUCAGCCAAAAAUUAUUGAGUUUUUGUUUUAAAUUAAAUUGUUUAUAAAUGUCACAGUAAAGCAGCAUUUUAGAACAUAUUUUAAUAAGUGAUAAUAAAAUAAAACUUCAAACUUUUCUAUAGUACACAGAUAUCAGAUCGUAUACAGUGGGAGUUAUAUCUAAUUUUAGUUUAUCACCUAAUUAAAAGGUACCUAGGUUAGGUUAAGUUAUUAUUUCAUAUUUUUGAAGCAAUGAACAAAAUUCUAAAAGUCCAGUUUUUUAGACUGUGAAGUGUGCCUUUUAGAGUUAAGUUAAAAAAUAAUCUUAUAAUUAUAUUUAAUACGCAGACAUUUUUGUGUUUAAAAUUUAUUCUGGUUCUAAUUUGAUUUAUGAAAUAUAAUAUUUUUAUAGUUAAAUUAAUACAAGAAUCAUUUAUUUUAUACAGCCUUAUUUUUUAAAUUGGAAGCGAUUUACCUAUUGUCAAGAGCAAUAUAUCCUUCUAUAUUGACCUUUCAUUUGUGUAUAUUAUGAAAUUAAUGGUAGAAAUAAUUAUCACUGUGUUUGUUUAAGCAUGUUUUUAUAAUUACUUUGAACUUCUCAUGUUAUAUUACGAAUGUAUAUGUUAUUUUAAUGUGUAAUUAAAUAAAAUUUGUUUUAGCUGUUAACAGUACUGCCUUAUAUAGAUUCUUCAAAUAUAUUGAAAACAGAGAUGUGGCCAAACAAGUUAUGAAAGAACGUGGUCUUAAAAAGAUUCGUCUAGGCAUUGAAGGUUAUCCUACAUAUAAAGAAAAAAUUAAAAAAAGGGCUGGAGGUCGAGCAGAUGUUAUAUACAAUUAUGUUCAAAGACCAUUUAUUCAUAUGUCAUGGGAAAAAGAAGAAGCAAAGAGUCGUCAUGUCGAUUUCCAAGUAAACUAUUUGUUUAUUAAUUCGGAACAUUAAUUAAAUACUUUAAUUUAAUACAAUACUCUAAGUAUCUAUAUCCUUCCAAUAGAAAAUAAAACAAAAUUUCUUGUAUUCGAAUAACAAUAAGUUUUAGUUCAAAAUAAGAGCACAAAUAAUUAACAAAUUGAAAUAAGAAAUAAAAUAAAAUUUAUAAUAUACCACUUUAGAUUGAGAGCGUAGUGAUGAAUGUAUUGGUUUUACAAUGAUGUUUUUUUUAAUCUGUAAACAAUCUUUCUACUAAAAAUGUUGCUCUGAUUUCUUAAUAUAUUAUAAUAUAAUACCUUUCCUGAAAGUUAAUAUUUACGUGAUACUUUGAAGUGGUCAUUUUUUGAUUUUCCAAAAAGUUGUCAUAAUUGAAAAAACAUGAAAAUGUAAGUACAAGUCUUAAAACUUCUCUCCGAAUUAUUUUAUUGUUGCAUACAGAUGUAAAUUAAAUUUCCCUAUAUAUGUUCUUCCCAACUUCUCACUUACAACAGUGGAUUAUCAAUCGAUCUUUUUUUUUUUCUUCAAUAUUUUUGUCUGAAGUUUAUUAUUGUAAUAUUUAUAAAUAAUAAAAGUAUACACAAUAUUAAUUUUGUUUAAAAUAAAAUCUACUAUUGGCUGUUAUACAUAACAAAGUUUAUGAACAUUUCUCGUUGGAAUAACAUUCCCUUAAAAUAUCAUUGGAUUAACAAUUUAUUAAUUAAUGGUCUCUUUAUUUUCUAGUGUUUGAAAUCUAAGUCUGUAACAAAUUUAGCUGAAGCAACUGCUGAUCCAGUUUUAGAAUUAGAUGCUGCUGCUAACCCAUUGAGUUGCUUUAUAUCUAUGGAUCAAAAUAUCCAAUAUCAAGAUAUCUACAGGUUUCCUGGUUUUGAACGAGAUGAUGGAGCUGUAGCCUCACCUCCUCCUCCGGCAGCUUCAGAAGCUGAGCAAAAUGACGAGUCUCAACAACUUGAUCAGUAAUUUUUAGUGAAAUUUUAAAUAAUAAGAUGUUUUUUUUUAUUGUUACUAAAUAAAUUAGCAAUGAUUUUUUCCUUUUUUUUUAUAUAUAUAUAUAAUAUAUAUACAUAAACAUUGUGAACUAUUAUAAUAUUCAUAAAAAUGUCUUUUCUAAUAUCAUAUAUAAUUAUAUUCAAUUUAUUAUAAUUUGUAUUCUUAUAAAUUAAAUUAUUUAAUACAUUUUUAAAACAAUAUUCUCGUACAUUUUACUUUAAUGUACAUGUAUUUAAUAGUUGCAUUAUGUUAAAUUAUCAAUAAUCAUGAUUAAGUUGACUGAUGAAGCAACUUAUUGAAUGCAUUGUAAGAUGAUUCAAGUUCAAAAAUCAAUUGCCUCACUUGAGCUUCAUUUAAUUCAUCAGAAGCAUUCAUAGAAGAUAAUGAACUUAACCAAUCAGAUACUUUUUGUUUGCCUUCAAAGUCAGCUGGUAAUAUGCUAAGCCUGUUCAUAGUAUCCAUCAAAUCACGAAGAUCCGGUUGCAAUUCAUCCAUAGCUUUAAUAUCCAACCUAU